AUGAUGCAAAACUGUAUGUUUAAGUUUAAGGUAAAUCGAUCAGAGUCAAAGGAAACUCCCAAAGAAACUUAUAGAAACAAAUGUAGAGCAGUGGUACGCGAUGAGGAAAUUGAAGUAAUUAUAGAUGAAAGUCAAGUUUCCGUUAAAAAUCACUUAGAUAUAUUGUCUAAAGUGAUUGAGAAUGAAAAUAAUAGGAGUAGUAGUAGUAGUAGUAGCAAAAGUAGUAAUAGUGCAAGUAAUAGUAAUAACAAGAGUAAGAGUAAUAGUAGUUUACUUUCAAUAAUAAAUUCAUACCAUAGAGAUAUUGUUGCAUUCAGGUGUGAGUUUUGCGCAUAUUCUUAUGAUGAAUUGACCAAACUCAAGAGGCACAUGAAAGAAAAGCAUCAAACCAACAAGUCACGUUACGAUCAACAACAACAACAACAACAAGAGAAUGCAGAUCCAAAUUUGAAGCAGUGUUGUCAUAUUGGAUACGAAAUCUUAUGUGAGGGCUGCAAACGACAAAUGGAUAAUAAAAUCAAAAGGGCGAGAAACCCACUUAGACCGAUCGAUCUAGAUAAAGCUGUAUUCAAUACAAAGAAGAAGGUCAAGAUAGUCUCCAAGUACAUUGUACAAUGUAGUUCAUUGGAGUUAUACCACGAGCUAGCCUCAGAACAACGAAUCGUUGAUACAUCUCUUGUACUAAAGUAUGCAAUGUUUAAUAUUAGAUUGAUUCUAUCAAUCUUAGCGUUGGUAGUAGUACUAUCGAGUGCAAGAAACCCCGCAAGUACAACAACUUGUUCAUUAUCAAGCAGUUUAACACAAUGUCAAAACGGUGCUUGUCCAUCGAUUGUCGAUUGUAUCCAAGAGUAUGCGAAAUAUUAUGCCAAUAUCGUCAUUACUGUCCCAGAUGGUGAUUACUAUUGCAAUCAAACUGAAACUCAUACACUUAAUUUCAAUUUACAUAUCGAUAUUCAGCCAGAAGGUCAAUCAUCAACUCCAACAUUUUUCUGUCCAGGUCGAACAUCAUUCUUGAGAUUGCAAACUUCAUUCGUUUUCACAAUUAAUAUUUCAAAUAUUGUCAUUGAAGCCACUGAAACCGCUGAGAAUCGUGGAAGUUUAAUUUAUAUUCAAACGACAUCCUAUUCAUACCCAAAUAACAACCUAUUAACUUUGAACAAUGUUCUGAUCAACAAUGCUCAUUCAAUUCCAAAAUAUGGAGCAUAUGAAGCCGGUUCAAUCACCCUUAAUUCUAUCAAUUUAGUAAUGAACGGUUGUACCAUUACCAACUCCAAAUCAACUGGAUAUUACUCUUCCGCUUCCGUAAUGAAAAUCUAUUCCACCAGUCUAUCAAUUAAUAACUCAACCAUUACCUAUUCAAAUAGUUCUACUGGUAAUUAUGGUAUCAGUUUUAGUGGAACCAAUUUCAAUAUCUACAACUCUCUCUUUGAUGGAAACAUAGCUGAAUCAAAUUUCAUCUAUGCAUCUGCUAGUGGUGGCUCAGUUAUUGUCCAAUCAAGCAAAUUCACAAACAACAUUGCUAAAUAUGGAAGUUGUUUUAAUGUUAAUUCUUAUUCUAUUAACUUUGAUUCCAAUGUUUUUGAUAACAAUAUCGGUCAAUAUGGAUCUGCUAUUUAUUCUACUUCAAACUCUUACUCAUACUACAGCUAUUUUUUCACCAACAAUAACUUUACAAACAACGUUGCCUCAGAUACUGGCACAUUGUAUCUUUCAACUCAAGGAUAUCAUUACCUAACUGGAUCGAUUUUCCAAAACAAUGUUGCAUAUGGUGCAGCUGAUAUCUAUUUCUACAAACAAAGACUCACUUUAGUUGGUGGUACCUUUAUCAAUUCAACAUCUUCAAACCCAUAUUCAUAUUCGCAAUACCCAGGAUUCCCAAAAUAUGUCUUGGAUAUGGCCAACUAUUAUGAUUAUAAUGGUUAUGAAUGUGAUUCCAGCUACCAAACUAUCGAACAAAAUAGUGGAUCAACAACUUGCAUGUCAAUCGACUAUUAUCCAGCUCCAAACUACAGCAGUGAUGACAAUCAUAAUGAUCGUCACCAUACAACUGCAUUCAUUAUUACUGCCUCACUUUGUACUCACCACACAGCUGCAUUCAUUAUUACCGCUACAGUAAUUGGUGUAGUUUCUAUUGUAUCAUUUAUUGUUGCAUUCGCCACUGCAAUCAGAAAGUAUUAA